UUACUUUUCAGCCUUUUCUAACCAACCUGCACACGCAGUAAAUUUCAUAUUUGCAAUUAUUUCGCUUUCAAAUUACAAGAACUAAAGUAUUUGUGGAAAUUGUUUGACUCUGAAAAUAUAUUGGGAUUAAGGAUGGCUGUGAAUGAGCAUAGUAGUGAGACUUUCGUGCGGGACGUAGAAGAGGAAGAUGAUGGCAAUGUCUCGGAUGAUGAGGAUACAGUGGAAGUGGAGAGGAAGUUCCUGGUGCCUGUCGAUUUUCAUGAGCGUCUGAAGCAGCACGGUGGACGCUGUCUCGUAGAGGAGAGCUUUACCGAUGAGUAUUUUGAUCGUGAUGAUUAUGCUUUCACCAUGAACGAUAUGUGGUUGCGCGUGCGCGACGGUAAAUGGGAACUGCGUUACGGAGAACCCGAUAAUCUGGAUGUGCCAAGUAAAGGCACGGACCAGUUGCGCCGGACCGUCUACCACGAACAGCAUAAUCCGGAGGAGAUCUUGAAGACUUUGCAGUCAAAGGGCUUGUUGGAAAAUAGCGUGGAAAGUGAUGAUUUGGCUUAUGUGAUGAACAGUGAACCGUUUAGGAGUUUUGCCACGAUAACAGCAGUACACAAGACGUUUGGGGUUCCGUCGGUUCAAGAUCUGUUGCCUGCGAAAAUAUCGGUAGAAGCUGCUGAGCUGGGAUAUCGUGUAGGAGAAAUCGAAGUGUCUGUCGACAACAAUGAAAGCAUUCCUGAAGCGCUCCAGACGAUUCGAAAAUUAUCGGAACUUCUCGGAUUCGAACCAUUAGCCAACAUGAAAGAGGAACACAUGCAAAAUGGAGGAUAAUGAUGCAUGUUCAGGACUGUUCCGACUGGAUACGAUAACAAUGAAUAUCGCAAUAUGUCCGCGGUGCUUUAAGAAUCAUCCGGUCUGCUACAAAAAAUUAAUACUUUCUACAUGUUUCCGUUUUGUGUCGCUCAAAUCAUUUGAUGAUUAAUAUGCUAUAUAUUACUAUAUUUGAAUUGUUUUAAGUCUUUUUACUUUGCUUUCGUGAUAAACUGUAACCUGUUUAUGUUUAAGGCUUUUUAACGAAUUUGUGUUCUGUUGUUGGAGCUUCUCUCGCGAGUUUUGUCAGUCAGUGUCCCACACUGUCCGACCGUCUGCAAAAAUAAACUUCGGUGCUUAAUGCUUUUAAUAGAGCA